AUGUCGCAUUUCAAGAACGCCACCAGCGAGUUCAAAAAGCGUCUUGCCGAUCAGCCGCUCAUCAAGCGUGCGGUCGUCACCCCCAUCGCCUCGCAGGACGAUGGUCCUAUCUACACAGGCUCCAACGCCAACCCCAACAACAACGGCCUCCAGGUCUUCAGCUCCAGCAAGAAGAAGAAGACUGAAGUUUACUCGCAGCCUCAGGACACAGGUUCAGGAAAACACAUCAACAGCUUGCUUCUGAAUGCGAUCAACUUCUUGAAGACCGUGGACGACCCCCAGACGGUGGACGAUCUUCGCCGCAAGGGAGGCGUGGAUCUUGAUGCCAAGCCUGAACUCUACAACCUCUUGAAGUUGAAUGACAAGGUUGCCUACGACACACGGGAUCAUACUUUCGCAUACAAGCCAACAUAUCACAUCAAGAACAAAGAAGACUUAUUGGCGUUGCUGGAGAAGCGAAAGGGCGAGGGAGGUAUGGACUACAAGGAGCUCAAGGACUCGUACUCGAAGCUGUUGGAGGCUGUAAACGAGCUGGCGUCCGAGGGCCGGAUAUUGGUGGUGAAGAACAAGGAUGGUGCUCCCAGAGUUCUCUUCUGGAACGACCAGCGAUACAACACAGCCAUGGACCAAGAGUUCCGGGAUAUCUGGCACAGAUUGCGCAUCCCAGACGAGAUCGAUCUGCCGAAGGAACUCGAGAAGGCUGGACUGACCCACAUGCAGGUGUUUGACAAGAAGGGACCCGGUGAUAUCCCCAAGCGCAAGCCUGUUCGUCGCAACAGAAAGAUGAAGAUUACGAACACGCAUAUGAAGGGACUCGAUCUCACCAAGGACUUUGUCAUCCAGAAGUGGCUGCAGAGCAAGUACCGGAUAGACGAGAUCCCAGUCUUUGAAAGGACCGAAGAGACAUACCAGGCCCUACUGGAACUCAUGCAACUGAACGAAGCCCAGGAUAAACAAGCGCGACAAGCUCUUCAUUCUCUUCGUCAUCUCUCCAGCUCUUACAAAAGCGAAGAAACACUACAGAUCCUCGAUAUCCAAAAGGACCACCUCCCACAAGAGACCCAACACAUUCUCUCCCAGUUGUCAGAAUUAGCCAUGAUUCUCGGAGUAUCCGACACACAACUCUCAACCCUCCAACAGGGACUCGCCCAAUCACACAUCGAAAAAACUCACUACCAAACCCUCCAACACCAAGACCACCUCUCUUUACUCAACAACCUUGAUCGCCAUCAGGCGGUCGCAUCACAGGGCCUGAUACAAUUGCAGGAGUUGAAGCGACAGUUUGAGGAUCACAAGUCGACGGUGGGGGAUAUUGAGCUCCAGACAAGGAGACGGAGCGCAGAGUUGACGAGAAUCAAGGCUAAGGAGGACAGGAACCAGCUACAGGGGCUGUAUGAGAGUCAGCAGAGAAAUGGACUGGAUGUUGAGGCACAGGGGUUGACGGUCGCGCAGUUGGAUCAGAAGGAGCAAGAGGUUGCAGAGCUUGAGAGACAGGUUGAUGCCCAGACAAAGUCCUUGACAUCCUAUCAAGCCAUUCCACCCGAUUUUACGCUGGCGAGGUUGAAGGUGAAGGAGGCAACGAUGAGACUGGACGAGCUUAUGGCAGAGCAUGAGGCUCUGGUGCGAGAACUGGCCGACGACUUAUAG